GCUACAUCAUUGUGAGCCAAUCAGAGCACGGGAUUCCUCAUGACGUCACGCCAGUCGAUGCUCUCCUCGCUUUCCCACAAUAUCGUCUGCACGGACUGGAAGGGACCUGCACCGGCCGGCUGCUGCGAGCCGCUUGCCGUUACCGGCGCAGACCGGUUCCCAAACCCCGAGGAGUUUUUGACCUUGGCGGACUGAAGGUCUCAGACUGCUUCAAGAUGGCGCCCAGCCUGUUCGAAGCCAGCCGCCGCCGGAAGUUCCUCCUCGGGACCGCCAUCGCUGAGAAUCUGCUCUUCUCCUUCAUCCUGUUCGGCUGGGGGUCCCUGGUGCUGAUGCUGAAGGCACAGGGGCUGUACAGCAAGCUCUGCACGGGGCCAGAUGGCAACAACACCGUCACUGCAGCGCCCGCCCUGUUCGAGCAGAAAGAGGACAAACAACAAGUUCUCUUUGAUGAGUUGUCCGGGUGUGACGCCCAGGACAGACGGUUGAACUUGGCCUUCACCGUGGGCUCCUUCCUGCUGAGCGGGAUGACCUUCCCCAUCGGUAUCGCCAUGGACAAGUUCGGCUGCAGGUCUCUGCGCAUGAUCGGCUGCUUGCUAGUGGCCGUGUCAUGCCUCCUCUUCGCCUGGUCGGACAGAGAUAUGUCCGACCUGCUGUUUUUGGCUGUUAUCUUUAAUGGCGUCGGCGGAACCAUUAUGGUGUACACGUCUCUGCAGGUGUCGAACUUUUUCGGGCAUGCGCGGUCGACCAUCCUGAGCGUGAUGAUGGGGUCGAGCGCCUCGUCAGCUAUUGUCUUCCCCGUUAUGAAGGCAAUCUUUGACCUUGGUGUUUCCUUCCGGGUCAUGAUGAUGGUGAUGGCUGCUGGCAGCCUAUUGGCGUUCGUCAAUUGCGUCAUCAACUACCCGUCAGAGCCCGUGCCUGGGCCGGAGACCAUGGACUUUACCAUACACACCGGGCUGCUCUUCGGACGGCAGAACAAAAUCAGUGGAAAGAACUUCUACUCCAUGGUCACCACGGUUGGACGCAGGCUUAGCGUUGGACACAGCCUAAAAGAGAGUGAAACAUAUACAUCAAAGCUCGCAUUGGACUACGGAGGGAAUGUGGAUGCGGCCAAUGGAGCUGGCGCCUCUGCGUUCCGGCGUGCCGUCUGUACCUUUGCGUUCCUGGGUGCCGCCAUGGUGAUGUCCAUCACCCACCUGCGACUCAUGGUCUUCAUCGGGACGCUGUCCGAACUGCUGCAGGGACUCACUCAGGACGCCAAAAUAAUUGAUGUCUACACCUACAUCUUCGGGUUGGUGCAAAUCUGCUGUUUAAUAUCAGCACCUGUGAUUGGCGCACUGAUGGACUGGAAAACACAACCACCGGAAAACAGCCAACCAGAAGACGACGUCUUUGCGGAUGAUCAAUCCAUUGCCUCUGCAGAAACCGUUCGUACCUCCAGCACCACUACCAGCUCCACCGGCUCCACAUCCUCCCGCCCGUCCAUCAGAUCCAGCAUCUCCCUGACGGAGGAGGAGAAGGCCCGGAUCAUGGUCCAGAAGGUCUGGAACGCCGCCAUGGCCUUCUUCCUCACCAACCUCCUGACUCUGCUGUUCGGGGUGCUCGUUCUCGUACCAAACUUAGUGGUGCAGGUCGCCACGUUUGUGUUGCACACUGUUAUCAGAGCCUUCAUGCACACAGCGACGGCGGGGCUUUUUGCAAUUAUGUUCCAAGUGUCCCUGUUUGGAAGUCUUAUUGGUCUGCAGGCGUUUUUCCACGCUGCUUUCGCCACGUUGCAGUACCCGCUGUUCAUCGCCGUCAACGGACCUCUCUCUGGGGACCCUUUCUGGAUAAACGUUGGUCUCCUCGUUGCCUCGCUGCUAAACUUCGCCCUUCCUGUCUACCUGCUGAGAAAAAGUAAAGAAAUGGAGAAGGAACUAAGCUGGGAAGAAGACAUGAAGAUUCUUCCCCCCAUCCCUACAGAGAUCUCCAUCCCCAUAGAAAAAUCAGUGGCAUAUGUAUAACAUUGCACUAGCAAACAUGUUACAAAUGGUGACAUAUGUUUCAUCAACUGGUCCUCUAGUGACUGUUCGACAAUAGACCCCUUUCCAAACUCCGGCGCCAUUUUGAAUCUGCUCUCGCGGGAGCAUAAACCGGCGAGAACACGCGUGAUUUGGUACACCAAUGGUAAGAAAUGCUCGUCACAGGCCUGUCAUAAUGGCGUCCCUGUAGCAAGUCAUACCUCAUCAGCGAAUGGAUGAGUAAAAUCGUAUCCUGUAGCUCUCAUGUUCGGUUCUAUCUUCAGCAACAGUGGAGGUGCAGUUUUUGUUGUCGGUCUAGGAUUUUAUGUGCGACAGUACCAAAGUUGGUGAAACAUACUCGACCUUAAACCUAGCACACAACGUUAGUUAAAAACUGUACCCCGGAAUGAAGUUUCCGUGCAAUAGUGCCAUGUAGCGUAUAGUCCUUUAAACGGAAGACCAUCACAACGUAAUUAGUAUCACACAACAAUACUCUUUCCAAAGCCUUUAGCUGUGCAUCCUAGGUAGAAACGGCUAAACAGAAAUAAGGCUACAGGUUUUUAAAGAAAAAUCUUAAACCAAGGAGGUAAGAACCGAACAUAAACGCAAUAUACUUUAUCUUUUACACGAAAAUUGGUUUAACUCAGGGGACAGCCACAAAGACAUUUCGUUUGAGAUAUGCCGAUUUAUGCUAAUCUCCAAGCAGAUCCUACGGUAGCAUAAGAUAGUAUCAAAAAGCUGCUAGAGAAGUGAAGCCGACCUAGGAGUGUGUUUUUGGCUAUCCAGUGGCUGAUGACUCCCUUUGGCCAGCUAUACUCCUUAGCCUGAUUUGAUACUAUCUUAUGUCACUGGUAAAUCUGCCUGGAGAUUAACUUUAUGCCACUUAAUCUAUUGACAAACAACCUACGGAAAACAGGGAAAACAUGACGAUCUAAGCAGGGAAUUUUACCAGCCUCCAGCUUAUUGAGCCGAAUCUGAAAGUUUGUUAUUUCAUGUUUAACGAAAAACUGUUAACGUUGAAGUGCGAAAGUGGAGAAAAGAGAGUGCGAAAGGGAAGAAAUAUGAAUGUAUUUAAUAUGUAUGUAAUAUGUAUAUAUGGUGUGUUCCAAAGUAUUUGGAAUCCAAGAACCCAUUCAACUCAGAUGACAGAAAACAACGAAAAAGACCACAAAAAAAAGAGAGGAGUAAUAUUUUGCUUUACGGGGAAAGAGAAAACGUAUUUUCUAUGUUUAAAGACUAUGUGAAAGAAUACUUAAUAUGUAAAAAGAAUACUCUAUUUUCGGAGUGUAUCCUUUGUUCUUACAAUAGGACAGAGAGAAAA